AUGAAUAUUGAAUCUGUUGCUUAUUGGUCUAAGCACUUGAUUUUUAAUCAGGAAGUUACAUGUUUAAAUAUUGCUUCCAGGAAAGAAUACGAAACUCCGAUAAUGGAUUUUAUUUACGAUCGUAUCAUUGAUACGUUGUUACGUGUUACAGCCCGUCAUAUUGGAAUUGAAAAUGUUAGUUCGUAUACGGAGCCGCCUGGUUUGCAAAAUGUUUCUAAACAUUUACGGGAAUUAAGAGAUUGUCGAAUUAUUAUGAAUUCGAGUGGAACAGCUCCCAAAUCUCAAGCCUCAGUGUUUGAGAAAGUUUUGGGAAUGAAAUUCAGGCAAAAAUAUUUUUCUAGUUUAACUUUGGAAAAUAAACUUUUAUUUCUCUCGCUGGAUAGUGAUGACACUAAAGGGGAUGUUACAGAUGAUGUACAAUCAGCUGCACAAGAUUUAGUUAAAAUUUCUUUCAAAGAUCUAAGAGGUUGUAAUGCCUUAGCCGUGACUGUUAGAAGACUAACUCGGAAUUAUCAGUCUACUCAUUCUCAAUUAUUUAAUUCACCUAAACGGUCGCUUACAUUUAUUUAUGAUUACCGUAGACAUGCGUUAAAUGCUAAACAUUCCCUCCAGCAUCCAAAGGAAUCUCAGAAUGUAAUUCGAAAUGAAAAUGGCAGUAUUUCAGAAUUAGUAUCAAAAUCUCAGGAAGACACAAUAUCAAGAAAUUCUUCAGUACGAAAUGUCGGUCCCACAGAUAGCUGUAGUCGUUGUGAUGACGGUGCACAGGGAAAGCAUGAAAAGAUCAUAUCUCUGGAGAAUAAAAAUGUUGAGUCUACUCAACCUAAUGUAUAUGGAUGUCUUAGUAGAGCAGCCUAUGGUUCUGAAAGAUACAUUAAUAAUCAGGAUGAUAAUUGGUUCAUUAUUCCACCUACUGGAGUCGAUGGUCCAUGCUCUCAAAAGCAGAAUAGUACUUAUUCAAGUAUUAGUUCAAUUGUUUCAGAUGUAACAAAUACCAGUCAUUCAGUAGUUAGGAGUAAUGGAUCCAACAAAUCUCUUCCCAACACAUUUUAUACACCCACAAUGAAGCGACGGCUACGAUUACCUAUCCCUUCUGAAUUUUUGUAUUCAACAACACCAACAAACACACCAGGAAUGGUGACCUGCAAACCAUCAACUCCUUCAAACGAUGUUAUAGCUCAGCCAUCAGCAUCAAAUGUGCAGUCAGACAUAAAUCGAUCUAGUGAUCAAGAUUCUGGACUUUCGUCACAAUUAAGUGGAAUAUUUCAAGGAACAGAUGUGGAAAGUCAGAAUGGAGAGUUUUUACACCCGUUAGAUCCACUGGGACUCGCAUCCACAGCGAGCUGGACAACUACACUGCGUCAGUCGAUGAAGCAAGCGAAUAAUAAACGUGCAUUACUAGCAGGUUGCACUUUAUUCAAUAGGAACCCAGUUGAAGGAAUUAACUACCUCAUCAGAAAUUAUAUUCUAGUAUCUGAUCCUGUAAAAAUUGCUGAGUUUCUACUCAAUGAAUCAAAUCUAAAUCGUCAAGCCAUUGGAGAAUAUUUUGGUAUACUGGACAAUUCACUAGCUACUGAAGUUUUAAAGGAAUUUUUACUUUUGAUCGAUAUGAAGGAUAUGGAAGUUGAUGUUGCUCUACGUUCAGUUAUUGGUCACUUUCAUCCAUCGGGUGAAUCUCAAAAAAUCGCUUAUCUAAUGCAAUUAUUCCAGGAAGUGUACAUACAACAAAAUCCAGAUCGUGUUCAUAAGCUGUUUCGUAAUUCAGAGACAAUAGAGGUUUUAGCCUAUUCAGUAUUGUUGUUGCAUACUGACCUCCACAAUCCAAAUGUUGGGAAAAUGGGGACACGUAUGAGCAAACAAGGUUUUAUUACUAAUAAUCGUGGAAUUGAUUCUAAUCAUGAUGUGCCCAAAGAUUUACUGGAAGGGAUUUAUGAGCGUGUCGCUGCAUCCGAAUUCAAAACAUUACCAGAUCCUUCAGAUAAGCUUCGUGCUUUAGAUGGGGUUUUGGUUGGACCUUUGAAAACAGAUAAUUUUGUGCAAAGACAUCGCCGUUUCAUUGGUAGAAUACUGGCACAGCAGAUUGAAAAGGUAGUUCCUAAAAGAGUACCAGCUAAAAGUAAUUCCCGGUGGCGUUAUUUUUUAAUAUUCAACGACAUCCUGGUGGUUGUAAAGUCGCUGAGUACGGCACGUCUGAGAUCAGAUUCUUUAAUGAACACAGUGGCUGCAGUAGCUAUGGGAGAUCAGAAUCCAAGCCGUCAUUACACACCAAGAAAUUCUAUAUCCAGUCUCCGAACUCAAAAUUCAAAAGAUCAAGGCAAGAAUAGGAGAAGUCGCAGUUCAUCUGGCCUGGCGCAGAAUGCAACAGAAAAAGUGUUCUGCUCUACAGAACCUUUCCCUAGUGACACUUCAUACCAAGUUCGCAAUGUUUAUCCAUUCCUCAAUCUACAUCUACUAGUUUUUGAAUCAAACUAUUAUCGAUAUGGAAUUCAGUUAUGCAAUUCUAGUGGACCAGUGAUCAGUCUGAAUAUGCCGUCUGAAGCGUGUCGUCGUCAGUUCAUUGACUGGGUAUACGGAUCUAUAACUGAAAUGGAGGAACUUCAACAACACCAGCAGAUUAAACAAACUGAAUGUGAGAAAAUUAUCAUAGUUAAGCCUAGUUCCUAUUUAAGUAGUGCUAAGAUGAAUAUGGACAAUGAGGACAUCAAUAACAUAUCCCUGUCUAAGAGGACUGUAUCUAAUUCUUAA